GAACAAGCGGACAGCAUAUCGCAAUGUGCUCCGCAAAACUGUACUCAGGUAUCGGAGGGUGCUGUUCCAAGCCAUAGCCAUGAUGCUUCGCUGGCCACUGCUCAAGGAGCGCAGAACAAAGCUUCGGAAGCUUCAGCCCAUCCUUCCAUCGCAGAUGAGUGCCCGCAACUCCCUCUUCGACUCUGUGCUUGGUAUUGGGCGGCUCGGAAAAGGCGUAACCGAUGCUCAAUUGGUGGAAAUGCGUCAUCGUGUUCAUGUCUUGGCCAGCUCUAUUCUUCAUGCUGACCUGGAUGAGACACAAAUCGUCUGCGGCGCUGUGGACAUUGUGUCCGUGAUCGCAACCUUGCGCCCUGAAGGCGGAUGGAACCCGAACCCUAACGCAGUCACGGCUGUGUGCAGCGCGUGGCAGUUUGUAUUGCGCUCUAUCUCUCUCCACGACGCCAGACUCACCAGUCAGAAGAAGGUACUCUACGAGGCCCCAUCGUGCACUGUUGCCUGCGAUGACAUCGGAGAGGAUGAGGACGACGACCUUGACAUAGUCGAGGAAGACGGGGGCAAUGCGGCCGAAGUAGAUGGUGAAAGUGAUGAAGGCGAGGCAGAGGCAGAAGUGCAGGCUGCUGAUCAAUCCUUACUGCAGUGCAUAUAUGAUAACGCAAGGUGGACUUCGCCCUUGCGAGUGGGACAGUCCACUUCAUACAACCGAAUGAAAACCGCCCACAGCCUGGUCCACCUCGCCGCCCUUGCGUUUCCCAGCAAAACUCGGUUUUCCUGGUCGAUGGACGGGCAGACUGCCACCAUGAGCAGCGUGGCAAGUGGAUCGCAGGCGAUACCAAUCUCUAGCCUCUGCGGCGCAGCAGGGCAUGCCACUGCGGAGCUUAGGGCCUCGCUGGAUCGCCUACUUCAGGCAUGCGGCCUCUCAUUCUCUGAUUUGAUGCCGCCAGACGAUCUGCUCGCAGAUAGCACGAUCGAUCCAACCAGCUUCCUCGACUCCCCCAACUUCACCUCGCGCUUUAGACCUCUCGAGGAUUCUGGCAUCGCAAAUCUCUGGAACGCCAUCCAUGCCGGUCGCGGCGACAGCGCCUACGACGAUGACGAUGUCCGAGACGACUCUGCCGACCGCGACACCACUCUGCGAAACUUCCUGAAGGAAGAUUACAUCUUCCUGCAGCUUCUCUCCACCACUGCACUGCUCACGUGUGGUAACCCGCCUCGCGGGUUUCAACUUGCAGAGAUGCGCUAUCGGGCGUACCAGGGUUCCCUGCGGAACCUGUAUCUGAUGUCGCACGCAGCUGUACUUUGCUGUCCAAGAGCCAAGGGAGUGGCAGGAGCGACUCAGGCAUCCCUGUGGGCUCUCACUCACCAGACCUCCCAGGUCCUGAUCGUGUAUCUCAGUAUCGUUCGGCCGAUCAUAACGCGGCUCUUGAAGGAUCGGGGUUUUCCCUGCGAGGUCCUCCAGACACACCUGUUCGUCACGUCCUCACUGUCCAACAAGGCCCUUGUGCAUGCAUCCUGGACCACUGCCGACCUGAAUGUAGCACUGGGCAAAGUCUUGCUUGAUUCAGGUGCUAAGUUCAAAAUCUCGGUCCAUAAUCUUCGCCAGCUCAUACCCAGUAUCGUCGCGCGCCACCUACCCCAGCUCGCUCAGGACAACAACUACCUGCAGGGGUCACGGUCGUCCGUCUUCAACUCAAUGGCUGGUCAUACGAAUCAGACAGCAGCAGUGAACUAUGGAAUCAAUCAGGCCACCCAACACACUGGUUUCAAUAUCUCCUCCGUCAUAGGCGAGCAACAUUUGAUCAUAUCGCAGGUUUGGCUCCGACAACUUCUGCAAAGGAUAAAUCACUGCUCACUGUUUUUGCAGGCUUGGCAGAGCUUCAUGUGCGUUGCUGAUUUACCUGCUGAGCUGCAGGACAUGUUUCCGCGGUCGUCUGAGGCAGAGCUGCGCCGGAGGCAGUGGAUGGCCUUGGACCGGGCGCGCAUACUGGUGUACACCCAGUAUCUCCGGGGCAUGCAAGGCGAUGCUGCGCUGAUCAAGCAGGAGAUUGGAAGACUCCUAUCAACUCAUCCGUUCAUGCAAGACGACGAUCAAGGCAGUGUGAGUCGCCAAUUGAUGCAUUGAUAGAAGUAACUUCGAGUAAGCUGAUACAUUGUGGC